ACUUUGCAAUACGUAGAGGUCACUCAAUGACCUUUUUGUACACGUUCAUCUAACAUGUGUUAGAGAAGAGAGCAAAAGAGAGGCACCGGCAAUUCGGGAAUAGACAACUUUGAUGCGAUUAGAUCAUUUGAAUUUACUUGAAUCAAGGAAUAAAUUUCAGGAAUAAUGAAUUUGUCCAGCAUGAUUGGACUAGUAUCUAUGAUCACUCUGGCCCUAAUGGUCAGUCAUCCUCAGCUGACCAAUGCUCUGGCAGUGAUGUCUAUUGAUCUUGGAAGUGAAUGGAUCAAAGUGGCUGUGGUCAAACCAGGAAUACCUAUGGAAAUUGUACUCAACAAAGAGAGUCGGAGGAAAACACCUGUUACAAUCGCUAUUAGGGAUGAUGAGAUGCUUUAUGGAGACCCAGCAUUAUCUGUGGGAGUAAGGUAUCCUAAAAGUAACUAUUACUACCUCCAAGAUCUUCUGACGAAACCUAUAGAGAACCCUCUGGUCAAGUUACAUCAGAAGAGAUUUCCAUUCUAUGAACUUGGACAAGAUGAAGACAGAGGCACUGUGUACUUUAAGCACAAUGAUGAUGUCAUCUUUCAUCCAGAGGAGCUUCUUGCCAUUGCCCUCAAUAAUUCAAGACAAAGUGCUGAAGGAUUUGCUGAGCAAAUUAUUAAAGAUGCAGUGAUCACAUUACCUGCAUUCUUCAACCAAGCAGAGAGGAGAGCCGUUCUUUACGCUGCUGAACUAGCCGGUCUAAGGGUACUCCAGUUAAUGAAUGACAAUACAGCAGUUGCUCUGAACUAUGGUGCAUUUCGUCGCAGCGACUUCAACUCCACACCCCAGAACAUCUUAUUCUAUGACAUGGGAGCGGGAAGCACUACAGCUACCAUCGUCAGUUAUCAGCUGGUUAAGACUAAGGAGAGAGGUAUACAAGAAACUAAUCCACAGCUAGCCAUCAAAGGAGUUGGGUUUGAUCGUACCCUUGGUGGUUUGGAAUGGGAGAUCAGACUUCAGAAACACCUUGCUGAGAUGUUCAACAAACAAGGAAAGACAGCUAACAAGGUGGAGACAUCUAACAGAGCUAUGGCCAAACUACUCAAGGAAGCUAAGAGGGUGAAGAAAGUUUUAAGUGCCAACAAUGAUAUCACUGCUCAGAUUGAAGGUCUGCUUGACGACAAGGAUUUCAAGGGUCAUGUGACCAGGGCGGAGCUUGAAGAAAUGACCUCUGACCUUUUUGAGAGGGUCGGUGGACCAGUGGAAAGAGCAUUGAAAUCAUCUGAAAUGAUUAUGGAUGAGAUUGAUCAGGUUAUCUUGGUUGGCGGUGGAACAAGAAUUCCAAAAGUUCAGGAGACGCUGUUGAAAGUAACAGGAAAAAAGGAGCUUGGUAAGAGUAUCAAUGCUGACGAAGCGGCGGCGCUCGGGGCAGUCUACCAUGCAGCUCACCUUAGCAAAGGUUUCAAGGUGAAGAAGUUCCUUAUCAAGGAUGCUAAUGUAUUCCCUAUUCAGGUUGAGUUUGAACGUGACAUUGUUGAUGACGACGGUCGUGAGGUGACCCGUAGCGUCAAGAGGACAUUGUUUGGAAUCGCCAAUCCUUACCCACAGAAGAAGGUCAUGACCUUUAAUAAACAUUUCAAUGACUUUGCUAUCAAGGUCAACUAUGGUGACCUUGAAAGGGUCAUGAAUGAGGAUGAUUUGGAUGCAUUUGGAGCUCACAAGUUACUUGAGGUCAAUCUGAAAGGAGUGAAAGAAGCGAUUGAUAAGAACUCUGACUCAGAAAACAAAGGAAUCAAAGCUCAUUUUAGAAUUGAUGAGAGUGGAAUCUUCCAUUUAGAUGCGGUGGAAUCAGUAUUUGAAACAAUGAAGAAUGUAACAGAUGAAACAGAAGAAGAGCAGUCUACCUUAGCAAAAUUGGGAAGUACCAUCAGUCGUUUCUUCUCUGGUGGAUCUACUACUGAUGGAGAUGAUGAUGAUGCCCAGACAGAGACUGAAGAACAAGGAGAAGGAGAAAAAGAAGCAGAGGACGAAGAGAAAUCAGAUGAAACCGCACCAGAGGGGGAGCAGGCAGAGGAUGGAACAGCCCCUGAACAGAAAGAGGAGAAUGGUGCAGGGGAAGAGCCUUCUGAUGAACCCCCUCAGGAACAGGAAACACCAGAGGAUGAUGGGAAGGAAGAGGAGAAAUCAGAUACUGAUGCUGAGAAGAAAUCUGAGGAAGAAGGAGAGAAAGAAAGUACCAAGGAUGAAGGAGAGAAGGAAGAAGAGAAGAAAGAAGAAUCAAAGGAUGAAACACCAAAAGAAGAUGUGAAGAAGGAGACCAAGCCUAAGAUUGUUACCAAAAAGGAGAACAUCACUGUUGACAUCCAGAUCCUGGACCUGAAUGAGCCGACGAGAGCCAGCAAGAAGGCAUCCAGGAACAAAUUAAAGGAACUGCAAAGAAAAGAGGAGGAGCGUGUUGAGAGAGAGCAGGCCCUCAAUAGUCUUGAAUCCUUCAUCUUUGAUGCCCAGGAUAGGCUGUAUAAUGAGGAUUAUGAGAAAUGCUCUACGGAGGAAAAGAGGGAAGAUAUUCGGUCAAAACUCAGCGAGGCAUCUGAUUGGCUCUAUGAUCAAGAGCCUGAUACACCCAUACAGGCAUACAAAGACAAGCUCAAAGAUCUGAAGAAAUUGCUUAAGAACCUCGAGUACCGAGUAGAUCAGCUGCGACGACGACCCGCUGCCAUUGAGGCAGCCAAAUCAGCACUCAACGCUUCAUACCACUUCAUGAUGGCAGCCAAGAACGUCACCGGCGAGGACUUACUUUACACCGAAACAGAAUUUGGUCUUCUGGAGAAAGCUUAUAAUGAAACCAAUAAUUUUUUUACCACUAAGUUGGAAGAGCAGGAAAGGACUGCAUUGACAGAGAAACCUGCUUUAAUAGUUUCAGAAUUAGAGGAGAAACUUCUAAGCCUUGAGCGGGAAGUGAGGUAUCUUGUAGGCAAGGCAAAGUCAACGCCGAAAUCAAAGCCAAAGCCAAAGAAAAAGACUGAUAAAAAGAAAAAGACAACAAAUACAACAGAAACAGAUGAAGGUAAUGGAGAGAAUGGUGGUGAUGAAGAAGGAGAAGAAAAAGAAAAAGUUGUUAUCCCUCCCCCUGAGGAAGGAGAGGAGGCCACUGAUAAUGCACAGGAUGAGGAUCCUGCUGCAGUAGAUGUUGAAGGGGGUGAGGAGCAGGAACAGGAAGAGCCAACUGAAGCCACACCCACCGGGGAGGAAGAACAAAUACCAGAAGAGCCUUUACAAUUAGAAGCACCUGAAGAAGAGGUGACAGAUACAGCACAAGAAGAGGCUGCACCAACAGAAGCCCCUACGGAAGAAGUGAAAAGUCAUGCCGAACAUUCACAUAAAAACGGGGAUUUGUAACAGUAUUUAAAUUAGAUGUAUCUAUGUUAUAAUGAUUUACCAUGAAGUGUGUUCACUAAGUGCAAGUAUGGUAUUAUUUUUCAUGAAGCAUUGUAUGGUUUUAUCAUUUAGAAUAACCACAUAUAUGUAUGUUGCAGAAUAGCAGUGGUCUUAUUACACUCGCUUUUGGUCAUUCCAGAUGUAUUUUGGUAGCGUUCCACAAAGUACAAGUUUUAUGAAUCUUGAAACAAAGUGUAUGCACCAAUCACUAUUUCGAAUAGCACUGGUCCAGUUCACUUCCUUGGGGUACUCCAAUUUGUAUGUACUUGGUGUGUCCACAAGUACAAGUUUUGAAAACGUUAUGGUUAGGCGUGUGGACUAACCAUUACAUUCACAGACAUUGGUUGUACUGCACUCUCUUGGUUGUAUUUAUGAAAUUGUACAGUAUUGUCAUACAGGAUGUGUUUCAUGUGGAAAGAGUAUUGGUAGUACUGCCCUUGGUAUUCUGAACAUUGUUGUGUAAUUUGUUUACAAAAUUUUCAGGUCUUUGUUAUGUGGAAUGAGGUCUAUGAUGAAGAGCAUUGGCCCUAAUACAGUUCCUUAGGGUUGUUCGCGAUAAAUUAUGUUUAUUGCUGCUAUUUUAGGAUUUUACACAAUUAGCAAUUACUAGCAUCUUGCUUGUGUUUAAAUAAUACUGAAGUACUUUCAACUUCAUCUUUGCCACUGUUUAAUAUAGUUUAAUAUACAUGAAACGUACUCUUAACAAUAUCUCUUUAUCAAUUUCUUGAUGAUAGUAAAACCAUACAGAACACACUUCAUGGUACAGAAUAGUUGUAAAUGUGGAAUAUUUUAUUAGACUGAUUCUUAAAUCCCAAUUUUUGGAAGGAUUGUAGGAUUCCCUCUACUACCUCUCUAAACUUAUAACUUUUGACUUGGUCUAAUCCAUUCCAUCUAUUAUCAAUUUAGUAUCGUUUGGUCUAUUAUCAGUUUAGUCUCAUUGCCACAAAGUGGCCUAACAUUACUUGGACUGUCGUUUGUUCUAAUGCCUAGAGCCUCGUUGCAUAAAAGUUGUUAUCAUAUUAACUUAGCUAUCCACUGGUAACUGCCAUGGUAACAGCCAAUCAAAAUCAGGAUUCUAUGAAAGUCAGUAUCAGAUUGUAUAGUUACUAUUACAGUAACUUUCAUGCAAUGCGACACAGACGGACUACUUUCCAUCUCGUGUAUUUCCUUUUUUACAUUUUUUUUUUCAAAUGAAAAUUUGCAUCAUAAACAGUUAUUUUAUCAAAGAUGGUUUUAAAAUGAAAUGGUUAUAGCCUAAAUGGGAGUUAGACAAAAUGGUAAAUGGACUAGGAGGCAAUUCUCCUAAAUGGUUAGUAGACAAAAUCAGAUAUGAUCAUGUGGGAUGAGAAAAGCAUAAAUGAGGCAAAAUGGGUUUAGACCAAAUGGUAAUUUAAUGUUAAUGUUACUGGAUUUCCUAGGGCAUUAAAUCAUAUAUCAUGUGAACCUCACUUUGAAAUAAAAAUAAUCUUCUAAAACCUUUCACAUUUACCGCUAGUAUUAGACGACCAAAAGAUUACUAAAGUGCUAAAACUCUGUUUUGUACAUGUAUGUGGCACAUGGCAACAAAAUGAAUUGUGUUUGUUGAAAUUAUGGAUACUAUUUAUGAAAAGAGUUGUGCCAAUGGAAAGAUAUACUAUUCACUGUGAGUGAAGAAUGUUAUUAAAUAAGAAUAUUGAUAGAUGCUCAGAUAAUGUAAAUGUUUUGCACAAAUUUGCUUUCCUCUAUGAAUGCUUUACUAAGUUAUUAUCAGUGUUUCAUGAAGUAUUUUGUCAGAGAUUUCCACUAACAAAUUUGUUCUUAGCCAAUCAGAUGCAAGGAUUUCAGUAGCUUAUAACAAUAGUCAGUGAACAUCACUGAUUAAUUGUUUCAUGAAAAUGCUCCCCAGGCGUUUCAUGAAAGCUGCUGUCAGGACUUACAAAUCUUCAUUCUCUGAUUGUUACCAUAGCAACGGUCAGAGACCAGUGCUCAACCAAUUGAUACCAAGGAUUGCACUGAUAUCAUCGGAGCAGACAAUGUCAGUGAUGACAGCUUUCAUGAAAUACCUCUCUUGGUAAUGUAAGAUAGUAGAUAUUAUCAGUUAGAGUAAUUGGAAGUCAUCUUACCAAAUGUAUCUUUCAUGCAAUAUUUCUGCAAGCAUCACUUCAUUACUAAUUCUCAUUACAAUACACUAAACAAUUGGGAAUGCAGUAAAGUCACUGUGAUAGAUCCAUAGCGCCUCCAACAUUCUUGCUAAAAAUAGGCUCUGACUUCUUACGUGCCUAACAUAAAAAGCCAGAAUUCACAAAGGUGAUUUUAGAAAUCAUCGGGUGAACCCAUGGUUUAUGCAGAUUUACUGUAUAAAUUAUGCUUAUUUCAUAUUUGCUUUUUUUAAAAAUGUCAAAUUCUGAUGCGAGAUUUUGUCAAAGUGCAAUAAAUUGAUGCCUGUUGCCAUGUUGUGGAGCGUUGUGGCCCAGUGGAUUAGUCUCCGGACUUUGAAACAGAGGGUUGUGGGUUCGAAUCCCAGCCAUGGCGUAAUUUCCUUCGGCAAGAAAUUUAUCCACAUUGUGCUGCACUCAACCCAGGUGAGGUGAAUGGGUACCUGGCAGGAAUUUAUUCCUUGAAAUGCGUGUGCGCUGUAAUCUUAGUAAUUACGGCUGCCAAGCUACAGCUGGGGUAAUAAUAUCCAAGUCCUUUGGAAGCGCAUAGAGACAUUAUUCAUAAUCGUGAUAUGCGCUAUACAAGAACUGUUUAUUAUUUAUUAUUAUUAUUAUGGAUGAGCACGCUAUUUUAGUCAUGAGUCCACUGUGUUGACUGGACAUCCUUGGUUGAAUCAUGGACCUACUAUGUCAGAGUAGUAGGUCCAUGGUUGAAUAAAUGAAUCUACUGUUCAGCAGUGAACUCAUAAAUAAAAUGGUGUGCUCAACAAUGCCAACAGGCGUCAAUUUCGUGCACUGACAAAAGCAUGCAUCGGCAUUAGACAUUUUAUUUAGUAUAUGCUGUAAAUUAAGCAUAAUUUAUACAGGAAUUCUUCAUGACAGAUGGGUUCAACCGAUGGUUUUCAAACCACCUUUGUGAAUUCAGACGAAAGCGUAUAAUUAUCCUCGCAAUUGUUAUCACUUGUAACCUAUUGCAAACUGUACUGUAGAGCUUGAUUGUAAAACUCUUGUCAGUAGCGCCGGAAUAUCCUCCUCAGAUAAAGUGUUAAGGAGUCAAAUAAUUAUUUAUGCACAAUAGCUCUCCCGUCCUUUGAUAAAAAUGUUCUGACAACACUAAUUGUUGCAUUUUAUUAUACAUGUACAUGGUUCACAUUUCUUGUUUAUGGUUUAAACCCUUCCUUACUGGAACUGGCUGGUCCAUGUACAAAGUCCUAUAGGAUUUACAUAACUAGCGGUUACAGGGUUAAGCAAUGAUUCUUGGUUUGUUUAGUGCAAGUGGGUUUGUAAACUAGACGCAAGGUUUUUAUUAAAGAAAUCUUAAAAGUUUAUAGAUUUUUAUGUGAGUAAAUCAAUCUCUUUGAUUAUAUGCAGAGUGAAUUCUACUAGUUUGAUCAUUAGUUGGCAUCCAUGACAUUGCUCCCUGACAAUUGCUCCGAUGGAAAAUCUGUUCAUUAAGCCAAACGUAAAACCUGACCUCCAAAACUAAAUAAAUCCUCAUCUUUACAUUAUUCUGAACCCAAAACUCUAUUACAAUCCUAACUCUUACCCUAUGCCCUCUGAGAUAUUAAGACCGGAGCAAAUGUUACACGAGCAUUAUGUCAUGUCACCCACUUGUUAAUUUUUUGCCCCUCCCCCAUUUUUUGUCACAGACAUGUUUUUGCCUAUGUUUAUAUUUAUAGAACUUUCUUUGUGUAUAUUCCUAAAGGGCAUGGCAAUGAUAAUUUUCUCUCUUUUUUUUUAAUUUGUGUAAUGAGGAAAAAGUGCAUGCAAUUAUUUGUGCUUUUGGAGCACAUUGACUUUCCUUCAAAUUUUGUCUGUCUCUUUGUUGUUUUUUGUACUUGCUUUUGCUCCAAGUUGUUUUGUUUACUGUGAAGUCCAAGUUUUGUGCAACUCUAGUCCUUCAUGUGAUUCUUCAAAAAGAAUUCCUCGAAAAUUCACUAUAAAAUGAAUUUGAAAACUA